AUUGAGCUUCUCUUUUUUCGCUCAGGAUAAAAAACUGACAGAUGCCAGAACCAGGAACUCGGACCAGGUUUUUUUUGGGCUCUGCUGAUCGAUCUUCUCUCCCAUGCCCUUUUUUAUGCUUUGCUUAUCUCCACUGCAACCUUCCCUCUCCCUUCUCGCAUCUCUUUUCUGCAGGUCCAGGUCCAGGUCCAGGUCCAGGCCCGGCCCCAGCAGCUGCAUUUGCAUCCCAACCUCUCUGCUUGCCUGCUUGUACCUCACAUGACUUGUUGACCUGCUAUGCGUCUGCGUCUGCGUCUCUACGUGCCUAUGCCUACCGGUCCGCCUCGGGUCGAUCCGAGGCUGCUGAGCACUACCGAGGCUGAGAUCCGUAUCCUGUAGCCGUCACUUUACACACAGCCAGAGCCAUUGAACCCAUUGAACCCAUUAAAGUGGUCGAUACCUGGGCCCAGAUCCUCGCCGCGUCGAUGGAUGAUGACAAGGACCUUGCGCCGUCAUCAGAACGGUCCGAACAGCCUUCCAGAAAGAGAUUAAGGACUUCCCAUGCCUGCGACAUUUGUCGGGCGCGGAAAAUAAGAUGCGACGGUAACAAUCCGUGUACAUCCUGUUCCGUCUCGGAGCAGGACUGCACGUACGGUUCCGAAGCCAACUCACGAGGCAAGAGUGAUCUCAUCCUAGAAGGCGUCCUUCGCGUAGAGAAGUUCCUCCAUGACCUGAAUGCCAGUGUCAUCGCCUCACCCCUAUCUGAACGGCGGCCGUCUUUCUUCUCACAGCCUGGCCCUCACUCCGGCAGCCCCUUGUUCGAGGAAUCGCCAGUCACCGAGGCUCACGCAUACCGCACCGCUUGCCCGCCGCGGACUCCAAUAAGUGAGACCGCGCACCAGCCUCCUCCGGACUUCAAGCCAAGCCAGCAUGGCCAGCACGGCCACAACGGCCACAACGGCCAACAACCAAAUGGCCAGAACGGCUUCGACAACGCCGUGCUCGACUCGAUGCACACCUCUACCACCGAGUCCGUCCUGCAGUGGCCACACUUCGACGUCUUCCCCUCCCUGCGCAGCGACUACGUCUCCAUCUUCGAGCUGGAGCAGUCCCGCCCGCCCAUCAAGAUGCGCUCCUCGACCAUCAUGUACCCCUUCGUCACCGACGACGAGAUGGACUCCAUCCUCGACGCCUUCCAGCACGGCGUCAACUUCUGGUACCCCACCAUGUCGCGCCACCAGCUGGAGAAGGUGCGCCUGACCGUCAAGUGCUUCAACGCCGGCGUGGCCGAGGAGCAGAGCGUCGAGGCCUGCCUGGCCUUCCUGACCAUGGCCCUCGGCUGCGCGAGCCAGGCGAUAGCAGGCCUGGCGCACGCUCCGCCCCAGGCCUCCGCGGCGCUCUCGGACGACGACCUGAAGCAGCGUGCCCAGCGCCGCGAGAUGGGCGACCUGUACUUUGACCACGCGCUGCGGCGCCUCCACGUCGUGCACAUGGACGUCGGGUCCACGGCGACGCAGUGCCUGUUCUUCGUGGCCAUGUACUUCGCCUCCCUGCGCCGGCCCCUGCAGGCGUGGGAGUACAUCAACGCCGCGUCGGCAAAGUGCCUCCUCUUGCUGUCCUACCCGCCCGCGGGCGACACGGCCGAGGACGCCGAGCGCAUCCGCCGCAUCUUCUGGUCCUGCUACGUCCUGGAGAGCGACUACCUGGCCGAGCUGUCGGCCCUCCCGCAGUCCGGGAUCGCGCGCAUCGAGUCGAGCAUCCCGCUCCCGGGGGCCUACUCGACGCACCGCCGCCCCGCCGUCGAGGAGCAGAGCUCGCUGUACUUCCUGGCGUGCAUCUCGAUGCGCCGGCUGCUCAACCGCGUGCACCAGCUGCUCUACGCGAGGGGCACCGGCGCGAGCCUCGACGCCGCGCGCUUCCCCUACGUCGUCGCCGAGCUGAACCACCAGCUCGACGAGUGGCGCGACGUCCUGCCCGCCGCGUUCGGCUUCACCGUCGACACCCGCCCCACGCAGACCGAGGCCGGAGGCUUCCUCCGCCAGCGGUACCUCACCUGCCGCAGCGUCAUCUACCGGCCGUACCUGAUGUGGAUGCUGAGCGGGAGCGGGUCCGGCGGCGACGGGCUGAGCGUGCACAAGCCGAGCCCUGACGUCCUCAGCGGGUGCCGCGCGUGCCUGGAGGCGUGCCUGUUGCAUAUCCUGAACCUGCGGGGGUUUGCGCAUACCGUGUUGGUGGACACGUGGAUCUGUUCGUUAUCUAUGGCCGGGGCGAUGCUCGUCCUCCUCGCAGCAUCGAGGGUCCCGUCCCUGCGCGGCGUCAUCGGGCCCGACCUCCUCACGGCCGGCGACCACCUGCGGAGGCUGCUGACGAGCUGGCAGCAGGUGUCCGGGGGCCCGCGCUCCCCCAGCGUGGAGCAGAGCGUGAGGGUCAUCUGCGAGGCAGACGAGUUCAUCAGCCAGGUCUUUGCGGCGGGCGACAUGCUCGCCUUGUAUGGCGGCCAGGGACCCGACUCCUAGCCAGGGUUAUGUGUACUUGUACGCUCGUGGUCGGCUCGGGACAUAGAGUGUAGCUGUAUCGAAUGGCAAGAUUUCAC